AUAGUUUUCUCCUUUUCUCUUUCUCUACACACACACACCCACAAUCACAAUUUCUUUGCAUUAUAAAGUUUUGAUACGUAUACAUAUAUAUAUAAUCACAGGAGUAAAUUAAGCUUGUGAAGGACAACAAUGGAUUCAUACAAAUACCCAAAACAAGAUGCAGAAGUCUCUUGGUCGACCGGUCUCUGUGACUGCUUCAGUGACAUGCGAAGCUGUUGCAUAACCUGUUUCUGUCCAUGCAUUACUUUCGGGCAAGUCUCGGAUAUUGUAGAUAGAGGAUCGUCCUCUUGUGCGACAAAUGGGGCCUUGUAUGCCCUAAUUAUGUACGUGACUGGUUGUGGGUGUAUCUACUCAUGCUUCUACAGAUCUAAACUGAGGAGGCAAUACAUGUUGAAAGCAAGCCCUUGUGGGGAUUGUAUGGUUCAUUUUUGUUGCGAGACUUGUGCCUUGUGUCAAGAGUAUCGUGAGCUCAAAGCCCGUGGAUUUGACAUGUCCAUCGGAUGGCAAGCUAAUGUGGAGAGACAAUUUCAUGGAGUGACAAUGGCUCCAACAAUGGAAGGUGGGAUGAGACGCUAA